AUGUCGGACGAAGACGAGACGCAGCUCACCGACCAGCAGAAAAUCCAGAUCGCCAAGUGGUUUCUCCUCAAUUCUCCCGCCGGCGAAAUCCAGUAUGUCGCCAAAGAUGUUCGGGCGCUUGUGAAGAGCGAGAGAGUGUACAGAGCGGCGGCGGCUGAGGCUUUUCCACUUUACAACAAAUCGCAUAUGCUUUGCCUGGAAUUUCCCGAUAGAAGCGGUGAGGUUAUCAUUACAUCAUUUAGUGAGAUUGAUAAGAAUGAAUAUCUUGAUCCUAGGACUGCCCAGGUUGCAAUCGUUGACCAUGUGAAACAGGUAUGUGAGGAUGCUAGACCAGCAAAUGAUGAAGAGCUUCCAUCCUCAUUUAUUGAGGAAUAUCGGUGUUCCUUGGAUGCAGAGAUUGUUAAAUAUGUCAGUGAAGUAUAUCCAAAAGGAGUUGGCUCGGUUUAUUGUGUUAAUGGAAAAGAUGUUGAAGAACCAGGUUCUGAUUUUGAGCUUGUUGUGGUCAUUUCUGCUGCUAGACACAGCCCUCAGAACUUCUGUAAUGGGAGUUGGCGGUCAAUAUGGAACAUAGAAUUCAAGGGUGAGCUUCAAAUCGUGGAAGUUAGAGGUAAACUUCAGGUAGUUGGGGCGCACUACUUUGAAGAGGGCAAUGUCCAGUUAGAUGCAAAGCAUGAAUGCAAAGAUUCUACAAUAUUUCAGUCACCCGAUGAUUGUGCAAUUUCCUUGACGACCAUUAUUCGCCAUCAUGAAACGGAAUAUUUAAAUGCUCUUCAGAUGUCCUAUUUGAGUUUACCAGACACUACUUUCAAGGACCUCCGCAGGAAGCUUCCCGUUACACGUACGUUAUUCCCAUGGCACAAUACGCUGCAGUUCAGCCUGACCCGAGAUAUCCAGAAGAACUUGGGACUUGAAAGCAGUAAAUAA